UCUAUAUGAUUGGCAUAUGGAAAAAGUUCGGGUUAAAAAGCUAUUACCCUGUGUGAUGAUCGGUUGUGACUGGAGCACGCGCACGGCUUGACUGCAGGAUUGCGAUUUAACUGAGGGGUCUCUCUCUCUCUGUCUCUCUCUGUCUCUCUCUCUCUCUCUCCAGGUUUAACAGGGAGGUUUAGCUCGAUCUCGGAGUGAAUCGGGCAGCAGAUGCCAUCACCUGUCGCGAGGCUGCACACUGCGAGAGCGCGCACGCAAAGGCUGUAUCUCCUCAAGCUAUAAUUCAGAUAGCUAUGCUGACAGAUUUAACCUGCACUAUGUUUUCCUGUUUUUAUUACAUUUUUCUUCUCUUCUCAUCACCUUCGAGGGGUGUUUCACACUUUCCUGCGUUUCACUGAUACAUUCUCUGUUCCAGAAUGGAGUCAAUAAACCAAUCUGGGUUGGUGGGGACAAUCCCAGGGGAUUAUAACUCCACUUUUGGAAUGGGAUUUUCAGGAAGUCCAGUUGGGAAUUACACUGGCAAUGUUUCCGAUCAAAGCAUGCCUUUUCAAGGGAGCAGCACGAUGGUAACUGCAGUCAUAUCAUUCACCGUGUUCAUCGUUGGACUCACUGGCAACACUCUGGCUAUCUACGUAGUUUUGCGUUAUGCUAAAAUGAAAACAGUUACAAACAUCUACAUUUUAAACUUGGCCGUGGCCGAUGAGCUGUAUAUUUUGGGCCUUCCGUUCCUUACGACGCAAAACGUACUGUCCUACUGGCCGUUUGGCUCAUUCCUGUGUCGCGUUGUUAUGACAGCUGACUCAUUAAAUCAAUUCACAAGCAUCUUCUGUUUGACAGUGAUGAGUAUUGAUCGCUAUUUAGCAGUGGUGCAUCCUAUCCGCUCCACUAAGUGGCGCCGACCACGAGUAGCUAAAGCAGUUAGCGCAGCGGUGUGGGCGUUUUCCUUCAUCGUUGUUCUCCCCGUGGUGAUAUUCUCUGACGUUCAGGACACGUUUAACUCAUGCAACAUGAGUUGGCCGGAGCCACGAGACAUUUGGUCGACGGCAUUCAUACUUUACACUGCGACGCUCGGAUUCUUUGGCCCCCUGCUGGUCAUCUGCAUGUGUUACCUGCUCAUCGUAGUCAAGGUGAAGUCGUCCGGUGCGCGGGCGGGAUUUACGAAACGCAGACGCUCAGAGCGAAAGGUGACCCGCAUGGUGGUGGUGAUCGUGGUGGUGUUCGUCCUCUGCUGGCUGCCGUUCUACAUCAUCAACAUCGUAAACCUAGUCUUCAUUCUCCCGGAGAACAGCGUGAUGGCCGGGGUGUAUUUUUUUGCCGUUAUCCUGUCGUAUGCAAACAGCUGUGCCAAUCCGCUACUCUAUGGGUUCUUGUCCGACAACUUCAAGCAGAGUUUCCGGAAGGUGCUGUGCGUGCGCAAGACAAAUGGCGUGGAGGAUGGCGAUCCCAGUGUGCCGCGGACGGAGAAAACGACGACCCAAGAAACCUUCCUUGCACCUCGGAACAAUGACUUUAAUGGACAUGCACAGGGCAGCCAGGAUCUGCAGUUACAGUCUUGCAUGAGCGCGUCUGAGAAGCCUCAGCCUGCAAGACCCCAGAUCAUUGGCCAGUCCACUCUCUAAACGCUGUUUCUCUCUGUCUGUCCUUUCCAUCUUUAUUUCGUCUCCUUUCCUGUGCUCUCUUGUCUUAUCGUCUCUCCGUUCAUCCCUUCAAUUUGUCUGUCUGUCCGCCUGUCUCUUCUUCUGACUUCUUGUGGAAGGUGUGGCCUGAGCCUCAAGCCACGCCCCUGAAUGUGCCAGUGACUCCGCCCUCCCACGCAGCAGAGCUCAGCCUCCACCCGGUGCCCGCUGUCUCCACGCCCAGCUCCAGCCGUGACCUGUGACCCCGGGGGGUCGUGAGGGCCCAUCCGAACAAUGCCAGGAUACUUUGUUUUGGGUGGAGGGUCCAGUGUGUUCUGGAAACACAGGGUCUUCAUGCACAAGGAAACCUGAAAAUGUCAGGAAUUUCAAAGCGGUCUGGAAAAUUCUGUGUUGAAUUUAAAUGCUUUCAAAUAUUUAAUCAGUUAAGAAUUACUAUUUGUGAAUUUGUAAAAUACUAUUAAAAACCUUGAGUCUGAGGCCACCAGUGAAAAUCUGUUUCGUGUUUUUAGAAUUUAAUAAAAUCGCUUUUAAAGUUUUUGUUUCAUGAUUAUGUGCAUAAUCAUUGACUUUCUCCAGCAUGACUUAAAAAGGAAUAAUGCAGGGUCUGAAAUCUUAUAAAUGUCAUUUUACAUUUAUUUGUUUUGAAAAAUGUUUCAAUCCAAAUACCUUCUUUUUACUUUCUGGAUUAAAUUACAUUUUGAAUCCCAGAUUUUCAACGUGGUCUCAGACUUUUGGGCCCAACUUUUAAAGAGUUUUAAGAAAGGAAGAAAAAGAAGCGAGAGGGAUUUAGAAGAGAGACAGGACUUCAGAUGCAAAUGAAGGGGACUGAAGAAGAUGAUGAAUGUUAACAAACACAGGCUUUAAAACAGAAACAUUUGAUCAUUUUCCUGCAUUAAACACAAAGUAACCUUUUCUCUUUCUCCUCUACAAUCAAAUGAUUAAUGUGAAGUGUACAAAAAAGAAACACCCACACACAGAAUAUGUAUUAAAUGUACCUGCUUACAGCUGAUUGCGAAAAACUGUGUGUAUCCCAGUGUCCUUCACAACCACAGACUAAUAUGUUGUUUUCCUUCAGGAGUUCAGCAAUCAAAAAGUGCAGCACAACUCCAAGAAGUUUGAUGUAAUACUUGGAAACUCAUUCGAAUACGACCGGCACCCAGUUAUUAUUAAUAUUCCCUUUUAAACAGAUCAAACAAUAUUCCAACUACAAGAUAAAACCAAAUCAGCAGGGUUAUCAGUGCAAACUAAAGUAAAACCGUAAAAAUCUUGUUUUCUUGAAAUGUUUUAAUGUUAUUGCAAUGGGAAAAUUUCUCAUUUUCAUUUAAUUUGCGUUGAAGUACUUAUAUAUAUAACUAAACAGAAGCAAAACUUAAAGUUAAUAACGUAACUAUAUAGACAUUUUUUAAAUAGUGGUAGAGCAUUGCGUUAGCAGCUCAAAAGCCUGUGGGUUCGAUUCCAAGGGAACCGAUAAAUGCAUAAAUUUUUUAAUUUAUAUCAGUGAUCCUAAAGGUUUUCAGAGAGAGAUGCAUGUAAAACACAGUAAAUGAUUCUGUUGUACUCCUUUCCAAAUGAAUGCUAUGUUUGGUUGCAGUAUGUAGGUCAAAGGUUUUAAUUGACAAGAACAUCUGCAAUGCAAACCAGUUGUUUUUUAGAUAUAUUUUUCCAGAGGUCAGCGACUCAACAGGGUUAUGGGUGGACGUAUGAAGUGAAUGGACAGAGCGCAGCCGUUGACCCUCGACACACUGGGCAGAAACUUCCCUUUCUUCAUCUGGGGACCUGCACUGACAGGUAUAACCAGAAGUGAAAGAUUGCUUCUGGACGUCAGGAUCCCAGCCAACUGAACUUUUUGACCUGUCAGAGGGGAUGGGAAUCUGUGGAAACUGAGAUUUUAAAGUACUUUAGGGUGUGGUGUUCAAUGGUUGUCGAGUAUUAGGGUCAAGAUAGCGUUUCCUGAUCCGUAUCGACAUGUUUAAACUGUCCUCUGCUCUCUGCCAAAUGUAGCAAAGUGCCUUUUCUUGUCCCAGAUCAGACGUUUGAGAAUGCGAGGCAUCAGUGGAGGCCUUAGAGACACAACCUGUUGUUUGCUUUCUUUGUUGCUCGGCUUCUUCCCUCGUCGUUUACUGGUGAGGGUUAUUUCCGUUCAUAUGCUUCGUUGUUACGUGUAACGUAUUCAUAUGGUUUAUAUUUAAGAACGCUUUUUGACAUAAUUUCACUUGUGUAAUGAUAUUGUAAAGUGUAAUGGAAACCGCACCAACAAACAUUAUCAUCGCCUUUCUUAAGUUAUUUCUAUUGAUGUUUGAUGUACAAAUGGUCUCAUUUGCCGAAAAACAAAAAAGACAAAUUGGUGUGGGAUGGAUGAACCCAUCCAGUGUGGUCGCAGUCACCCUUCUGUACCAUUGGUGGAAGUUUCUAAAAAUGGCUUCAAUUCCUUAGCUACAAAGAUCUUCCUUGUGUGAUUUAAGUAUUCUGCGUGUCGGCAUGUGUAUUUAGCGGUUCAUAAAAGCUAUAAAGAAUGUGCAUUGCUUUGUUAAUGCUAAACGUGCCUCUGAUAUUAACUUGGAUGACACUCAUAAUUCAGCAGGCAUAUUUCAGGCCUGUCCAUGUCAGUCAGCAAGCUUAAGAUUCUUCUAUUAAACCCAAAGACUUGUUUGAUUCUGGACUUGUUAGGAGCUGUGAAUGACGCAUUAACAAAUCACUCUGUGCUGAAGAGAUGCUGAGCAAAUGUCCUGUUCUGCAGUGUUGCUGGUAUUAAUGUUACUUUUUAAUGAUUACUUUUUAUUAUUCAUUUGUUUUUCGCGAUCCUUAUCAGAAACCUGUGUAAGAAAAUGUUUAUAAAAAAUUUAGAGAUAUUUAAAUACACAGUUUUCUGAAAGCGACCCUUCAGUCUCGUCAAUACUUAAUAUCAGAAAUCUAUAUUAAUGACAUAUUGCUGACAUUAAGAGUGCGCUUGAAUAGCUGAUGCGAUUAUUACUUAUGAAAUCAAUUAAGUGAGAAUCUGAAUAUUUAAGCUGUACAUAUACUAUGUCUUUGUCUAAAUAAAAAAGUGUAUUCAUUA